AUGUCUUAUAAUUAUCCUGUACAAAAUUAUUAUCAUGAUCAAUAUCCUGAUUAUGCAAAUACUUAUCUUGCACAUACUUCAGAGAUACGUCAAAAAAAGACAACGGUGAAUUACUCUUCUUUAAUAAAUAGCAAACAACAGCCUGUAAUAUCUAAUAGUAAUUUAACUCAUUCUAACAGUGUUUCUUCAUCAAAUUCUUCUUCCUUUACUAACCGUGAUGACACAGUCACAGUCAGUCCUGUCAUUACCAUACAACAGCAACAGCAACAACAACAACAACAACAACAAAAACAAAAACAACCUAAUUAUGCUUUCCUUUCAGUAUUAAGUAAAGUGUUUAUUAGACAUGUACGAGGCUUAGAACAUGUACGUGAAUUAUUUUGUGCAAACGAAUAUCCGGAAUCAUUUACCGGUAAAGAGGCAAUUAAAAUAUUGCAUAAUUUAUUAGAUGGUAUCUCCGAAGGAUAUUGCAUUUUAAUAGCUAAUGCCCUUAUGAAAUCCAAACCGCCUCUUUUUGACCCCAUUCAUUAUUCCCAAAAAUCAAUUAUCCAGGGUACUGUCUUUAAUUCCUCUGACGAAUACUAUACAUUACAAGAUGAUGUUGACGAAAACAACAAUGAAAAUAUACCCACAGGCGUUUUGACUGGAUUAUUAGAAUGUUAUACCUAUCAUUGUUUACCUGGUAAAGGUGGUUGCUAUGCACCUCGGUGUCCUAAUAAACCAGACAUAUUUGCUGCUGAAUUUGAAAAUAAUCCAAUCAUCCUUCGUCAAAAGGAACGAUUCUCUUCUUCUUCAAUAACGACCGAUUCUCCUUUACCACACAUGUUGGAACUUACUACGUCACAUACAGCAUGGGCGCAACGUGCUCCUAAGGAAAUUAUAUCCACUCUUUCAAAAAAGGAAAUUGCUCGUCAAGAGGCAAUCAAUGAGCUGAUCUAUUCGGAGGAUGUCUAUAAACAUGACCUGGAAACUCUUUCAGAGGUUAUCAUUCAUCCUCUUUUAGAAAAUAAACCUUCUAUUAUUAACUCAUCAAAGCGACGCGAAGAAUUUAUCACACAGGUCUUUGGAAACUAUAAAGAGCUAAUUGAUAUCAGUACAGCACUCCUUAGAGACCUUUUAGCACUUCAACAGCAACAUAUAUGUGUACCCAUGAUUGGUGAUGUCCUCAUUAAGCACACUGCCUAUUUUGAGGACCCCUUCACGCGCUAUUGUCCUCGCGUUGCUUUAGCAGAAUACUUGUUUAAGGCUGAAGAGCGUCAAAACCCAGAAUUUGCGAAAUUUGUUGUACACACUGAGCGUAAUAAGAGGAUGCGUCGUCUAGCCUUGCGUCAUUUCCUCUUGAAUCCAGUAACUCGUCUUCAGCGUUACCCGCUCCUCCUUGAAGCCAUUUUGAAAAAAACGGAGAAUACACAUCCUGAUCAUGCCUAUUUAACAAAAUCGAUUGACAUGAUAAAAAAAUGUGCCUCUCAUUCUGAUACACUCUCUGCUCUUUUCAAGAAACGUGUUGAAAUACUUGAAAUUAAUGAUGCUAUCAACUUUAAACAGGGCGAAUAUCAAGAUUUACAGUUGACAGAUCCUCAUCGUCGUUUGUAUUAUCAAGGUGACCUCAAGAGGCGUCGUAUGAAUGGUAUUGAAAUGGAGAAAACAGAUAUUCACGUUUUUGUCUUUGAUCAUUUGGUCUUGAUGACAAAGCUUCGAAAAUCAACGACUGCAACGCCUCAAGAUGAGUACCGUGUCUGGAGGAGGCCCAUUCCUCUACAGAUGCUUUAUAUAGGUCAUAGUAGUCAGGAUAUGUCGUUAUUAGGGUCGUCGUCAGCAUCAUCGUCAUCCAUAGGUAUAGCCGCUACUGGGGGUAGUCAUCAUUAUCUUCAUAGUAGUGCGGCGUUAUUGACUAACAAUAAUGGAUUAUUAUUACCCUUAACGUUACAGCAUUUGGGUCAACGUGAUGGUGUCUACCAUUUUGUAUGUACUACAUCAGAAGAGAAACAGAAAUGGUUGUCAGCUAUUGAAGAAGCUAAAUUGUCUUUGAAAAAACGUUUAGGUGAAGAUGUGUAUGAUUUAAUUACUUUGGAUGAUACUUCAUUUAGAUAUUCCUCAGCAGCUACCAUUUCUAAUAAUGCUAUUAAAAAUGGGAGAAUUAAUUGUACAGUUCUCUUUACUUCUAUAAAUAAUGAUAAGAAAUUAGCUAUAGGAACAGAUAAUGGAAUUUAUGUUAAAUCUAUUCAUAGUCAAACAACAACAGUACAACGAGUUUUAUCAUCUGAAAAUGUAACUCAGUUAGCUAUUAUAGAGAAAUGUAAUAUCUUGAUAGUUUUAGCAGAUAAAACACUAACAGCCUAUCCGCUUGACAUGUUAUUAACCAAUGGCACUACAUAUAAUAAGAAAUCGACAUCCAUUGAUCGUUUAGGACAAGAGCUAGGCCAACAUAUUCAUUUUUUCCAAGUAGGCGUUUAUAAUAACAAGGACCUUGUUAUCUUUAAAAAGAAAAAGAAUACAUCUAGUAUUUUUACUCUAUUGGAACCUCUUUAUAAUCUUCGUGAUCCCAAAAAUCAGAAAUACAUUACGCCAAAGACUGGGUUUAUGAUUAAAAAUAGAUCCAGUCAUUUAUGGUUUAAAAAAUAUAAGGAAUUUUAUGUGGGGGCAGAAUCAAGUAACGUUCAUUUCUUAAAAUCUAAAUUAUUGAUUGUCUGUGAAAGAGGAUUUGAAAUUAUUGAUCCAGAGAAUUUGAGCGUAGGAGGAAGAGAUAUACCUGAUAAGGGAGACCCUCAAUUUAAUUUUGUACAUAGACAAGCAGAAUCUAUCAAACCUUUGGCCAUGUAUCGUGUACAUGAUAAAUUUUUACUAUGUUAUAACAGGUUUGCGUUUUAUGUCAAUAACCGAAAUGGAUCAUUAGUUCAACGAGGACCACAAAAACUUCCUUUAUUAUGUGAAUGGGAAGGUAAUCCUGAACAUAUUGUUUAUCAAUACCCUUAUAUCAUUGCCUUUAGUGUACAAUUUAUAGAAAUUCGACAUGUUGAUACUGGAGGUCUUGUCCAAAUUAUUCCAGGAGAUCAAAUUCGAUUAACUUAUUAUCAGCAAACAUCCCCUAGUGAUACUACAGCACCUGUUGUAAUUCAUGGAUGUAUGACUCAUUCACAAAGAUCUGAUGUUCAACAUGUAUUUUAUUUAAAACUUAAUCCUCAACGUAGUAAUAAUGCACGUAAAUUCAUUUAA